AUGUUCAACAUCAUCGUUGUGGGUGGCGGUAUCGCCGGGGUCUCGGCAGCUAUUGCUUUGAGAGGACCCAGACGGCGCAUCACUGUCCUUGAACAGAGUCAGCUAAACAGAGAAAUCGGUGCGACAAUAUCGCUUCAACCAAAUGCUUCAAAAAUUGUCGAGAAACAAUGGGGCCUGGAGGAAACCCUCGCGAAAAAGGGGUCCAUGGCGGAUCAAGGGUUUCGCAUCUAUAGUGUUGAAGGAAAGCUGCGCGCAGAUAUUCCAUUCCACCUAAAGAAGAGUUACGGCGCGGACCGCAUGAUGUAUCACAGGGUUGAUCUUCACGAUGCUCUGAAGGGAGCAGCCACAAAAGAGGUUGCGGAUACCGAGCCAGUUGUCAUUCGGACCGGAUGUGUGGUACAAGAGUGCGACCCAGAGGCCGGAACUGUUACUCUCGAAUCAGGAGAGGUCUUCACUGGAGACCUUGUCGUCGGGGCUGAUGGCAUUAAAAGUGUGCUCCGAAAAUCAGUCCUAGGGAAAGAUGCUGCUGCAGUACCAACAGGGCUGUCUGCAUAUCGACUGGUCAUCGAUAGCUCAGAACUGGAGCAAGACAAAGACUUUACUUCUAUUAUAGACCCUCGAGAGUCUCUCACAACCAUGGUCAUGGGCCAUGACCGUCGCAUAAUAAUGGGACCUGCCCGAGCCGGGUCCAUCUAUAGCGUCGUUGCAUUGGUUCCAGAUGACAAGAUGCACGAGACCGCCGAGGGAAAGUCAUGGACUACGAAGGGUGAUCCACAGAAGAUGAGAGAGUCGUUUGAGGUGUUUCCUACCUGGGCAAAAGCAGUGUUCAAGAAAUGCACCGAAGUGGGCCUUUGGCAGCUGCGCGACAUGGAUCCAUUGGAAACCUGGCAUCGGGGUCGCACCAUCAUUAUCGGAGAUGCUGCCCAUCCAAUGCUCCCUACUCAGGGACAAGGUGCAAGCCAGGCCAUCGAAGACGCUGAGGCUCUUGGGGCAAUCUUUGGAGAUAUCGAAGACAAGCCCACAACAGCAGAGGUCGAGAGUCGAUUGAAGGCUGUGUUUGAGUGCAGGUUCGAGAGAGUGUCCCUCAUUCAAGGAUAUAGCAGACAGGCGGGAAAGCCGGCAACCGACAAAGCAACCAACAGCAUUACAAUGAAUCCAGCCGAGUUCAUGGACUACAACUGCAUGUAUAAUGGAGCGAAAGAUUGGAUGGAGAGGCAAGCCAAAGUUAAAGGGCUGGCUGGGCAGGAUAACCCUAAAGAAGCAGCUCUGUUCUCUGCCCCUGUGCAGAAGAUGGUUUCUCUCAGUUUGGGUAGCAAGUAA